AGUUUCUGAAUGASUGGGAAGUUUAYGCCUUGAGAGUGGGUUGGACUGAUCGGGAAGCGAUAAUGGGAUCCAUUAAUCACACCGAUCUCAAACUAGACAAAGACGUGCGUGCUGCUAUACCUGAGGAUUGGAAGUGGGCAACCUUCAGAGAACGAUUGUCUCGAGCCUUUGCAUGUGACGACAUCUUCUACUCGGUCGAGGACUUAAAGGAGAUAAAGAAGGAGGAAGGAGAGACGUUAGUGGCGUUUGCGAGACGCUUUGAGACGACAUCUGAACUAUUGAUAGAAAAUGGGUUUCUGGGUGAGAUAGAACGAUGCGGUAUAUUCAUAGGGAUUCUACCUAUCGAGAGAAGAGAGUUUGUUAUGGAGAACACACCCACUAAAAGGGUGUCGUUCGCUCAGACAAAGGCAUUGGCUUUGCAGAUUGGGGGACCGGAUGCCAAAACUCAUCUACGAGGGGUGUUGGAGAAACUAGGGAAAGGAGUACCCGGAAGUCAUUUAGAAAAACAAUUCGGUGAUGAGGAUGGAAGACAGUUCAUGCCGCCUGACAAAACUAAAGUAAGUAGAGAUAGUGGGGAAUGGAAAGGAGGAAACCGUGGCGACUGGAAGAACGACGACGAUAAGGGAUUUCAGGAUAGGGGUUGGAGGAGUAAAGAAGAAGAGGAAAAACGAAGGAGAUCAUAUAGCGAAGGAUGGGAAACGGUCGAGGAGAUUGAAACCCUAAGGGAUGAACGAGAAAGGAUGAAGAGAAUGAAGGAUGUCUUACCUCGAAGGAGCGCGGAAUCGUUGGAGAAUCCCUUACAACAAGAGCCUCAAGACAGACGGCGGAAAGACCCUGAGAAAACCGUCGAGCGGAAUGAGAGAAGAAAGAUCAAAUGCGCAAAUGAUGAGAAAAAUAUAUCAUGCGGACCUUCUACGAAGAUGAAUACUGACGUUAAGACAGGAACAACCCAGGAGGUGAUUCAGGAAAUUCAGGGAGAAAUCUGGGUGUCGAGUAUCAGGUUUGAGGAGAACCGGUAUACAGAAGAAAAUGAGAAGGAAGAUACACUCUGCCGAACUUCUACGGAGAUGAAUAUUGGCAUUAAAGCGAGGACAGCCGAAGAGCUAGAGCAAAGAAAGUUAUGGGUAUCAAGUUUCCGGUCUGAGGAGGACCUAGACCCGAAUGAUAGUUUGACGGUUGGGGUUUCCAGUAUUCAGUUCGAGAGUUGCAAGGAGGAUUCUGAUGCAGCUCUAAUGUGUGCUAAGAAAGCAUACAAGGUUGCACGUCAGUACCAGAGGAUGUGCAGUCGCUUCUCCGUCGCCCCAUCCUCUUCGCGGCCAGCCGCCACCUCCCAGUCUCAGAGUACCACCCGAGGCCGCUCCUCGUUUGCUGGUCAUUUUCGUACCCCGGCUCGACCUGAAGCGCCAUUCUCUCGGCACUGGAGUUCUCUCGAGUAUGAAGAGGACGCCUCAGCCGAGCUCGAUCCUACCAUUGGUGACGCCUCCGAGGACAUCGAGCUUCGGGACAUCAUCCAAUACCACUUGGAUGACGACACUGUCCCAAUGGUUGAGCGCCUGCUGAUGGCCAUGUCCUCCAUGGGUUGAAGAAGCGGUUGUCUGCCAGAUGGUCAAACAACUCAUCCGCGCGGGGCAUGGGAUAAAUGUUCUUAACCGUG